UAUUAUGGAUGAGUCUAAUUUUAUAAACUUUGGUGCUGGACCUACACAACUACCAAAGCAGGGCUCCUCGGAAACUAUAACCCUGAUACUGACAAAUCACAGACUGCUGAUUGCAGAUCCUAGCCCAGAACGAGAUUCAGAUCACUGUAUCCGAACGCCGUGUUCAAUUUCAAAUAUGGUAUACAAGGUACUUGAAGAAAUCCAAAGUGAAAUGCUAUCAUAUGAAAACAUUGGAAUAAGUAUUGUUGAAAUGAGUCAUAGAAGUACAGAAUAUGGUGAACUGAAUAAAAGGGCGCAAGAAACAUUGAGGAGUUUACUAAAUAUUCCAUCAAAUUACAAAGUACUUUUUGUUCCUGGUGGUGGCCAAGGAGCGUUUUCAGCUAUACCAAUCAAUUUAAUUGGAAAAACAGGUAGUGCAGAUUACUUAGUUACUGGAACAUGGUCAAAAAUUGCUGCCGAAGAAGCUAAAAAGUAUGGGAAUAUAAAUAUUGCAGUAAAACUUGAUACAACCGGUAGUAUUCCAGAUCCAAAAACAUGGAAACUGGAUCCAAAUGCUUCCUAUGUGUUUUACUGUGACAAUGACACAAUUGAUGGUGUUGAAUUUCCAUUUGUACCAGAUACCAAUAAUGCCCCAUUGGUAGUGGACAUGUGCUCAAAUCUUCUAACAAAACAAAUAGACGUAUCAAAAUUUGGUGUAAUAUUUGCAGCAACUCAAAAAAAUUUGGGCACUGCCGGUAUAGCUGUUAUCAUAAUCCGUGAUGAUCUCUUGGGAUAUGCAGCAGGAUAUUGUCCCAGUAUAUUAAAUUUUACAUUACUGAACCAGUACAAUUCCAUAUUGAACACACCACCGAUAUUUCCAAUUUAUGUUACAAGCAAGAUUGUAGAAUGGGUGAAACAAAACGGAGGACUAGUGACAAUGGAAUCCCAAUGCAGGGAAAAAUCAAAUUUAAUUUACCAAGUGAUUGACAAUUUGAAAGAUUUUUACUACACACCUGUUGAUAAAAAUGUACGAAGCCGAAUAAACAUCCCAUUUCGAAUAGGAGGUUCAGAUGGUGACGAAGAAUUGGAGAAAAUAUUUCUAGAAGAAGCGAAAAAAGAGAAUAUGAUUGAUUUAAAAGGACACAGAUUAGUAGGAGGGAUACGAGUUAGUUUAUAUAAUGCCAUAACUAUAGAAAAUGUAAAAAAAUUGGUUGCAUUCAUGAUUUAUUUUAAAGACAAAUAUGGAAACCAAUGAUAUUCAUUUGCAACAAGUUUCUGAAUGAAUAUGUUUGAUAAAAUGGUUUUAUUAUUAAUAUUAUUAAAGUAUAAAUAAGAGUAUUCAACUAUUAAUAUCCUUUCUAAGCUCUCCAGUCAAUUUUUAUGAAAAGAAAGUGGCAACUAUGCAAUGUUUACAAUAUAUUUUGUUAUAUUUCAUGUAAAUAGAAACAUCCUGAAUUUUUAAUUGAUCAGUUUAAUUAUUUUAUAUAAAUUUAUAAUCAUUAACCAGCUUUUAGCACCUAUUCAUGAAUUGGGUGUAUAAAUAUAAAAAAUUUGAUAGAAAAACAAUGAAUAGGCAGUUUUAUGUAUUGGAAAAAACAAUAUAGAAUAUGAGGCGCCUAGAUUCAAAAUCCGCCAACUCCAUCUCAAGAAAUUUUCGAAAAAGUGGAAAAAUCCUUAGUAAAAAUCUUGAUUUUAAUUAUUACAAAGUAUUAUUAUUAUUAUUAGAUCAAACACAAUGUCUGUAUCAAUUUCCUCAUCAACAAUAAUGUAUUUAUCUUCUUCAUUGCUGAGACCUUCGGCUUCUUGGUUUUCCAAAUCUCGGUAAAAUGUCAGCAUCUCGUGGUUUCUCCGCCCUUGUCCAAAGUGCUUUGUUAGCAGCUUCGCAACAUCCCUUGUUUUUGCAGCCUUACAGCUAACCCCUUUGUUGAUGGCUUUUGAUUUAUGUGAGACAUAUUAAACUUUGGUUUUGUGACAGAUUUUGCUUGACAAGUUUCAGCUCUAUAAAAGACUUCACCCUGGACCAGAAAGCCGAUACAUAAACUUGACGUUUGACCUCUAUUGACCCUAUUUAUAUACUUGACGUUAACCUAAAAUAUAUGUUAUUAUCUUUGACGUGUGUACUGCAUUUUGUUUUUGUGAUAUUUUUGUUUGUUGUUUGUAACCCAGUAUUUAUGGAAGAGUUUUUUAUAUCGAGACCAUUAGGCAUAAUCACGUGACAAAUGGUCUUACCCGUUUCAAUGACUUUAAUUUUGUAAUAGCAAAUGGAAAGUAAAGUUUAUUAAUUUAUAUUGUUGCAUAAAGUUUAUCAAACACGAGCAGGUUGCAAACGAAUAAACAAAAAACAUAUUAGUGCUG